AUGACCGAGUACAAGCUCUCAGCAUCCCUUGAGGAACAUGAAGACGACGUCCGCGGUGUUAUCUUCCCUCAUCCAUCCUUUGUCCUCUCCGCCUCAAGAGAUGCUACUGUCCGUCUAUGGAAAUUACUGUCCCACAACCCUCCUAAAUACGACGGCUCAAUUUGCUCGCAUGGCUCAGCCUUCAUCAACGCUAUCGCCUACCUCCCCCCAACCUCUGAGUAUCCCAAUGGCCUCGUAGUAUCUGGAGGCAAGGAUACGAUAAUAGAGGUUCGGCAGCCCGGCAAGCCACCAGAAGACAAUGCUGAGGCUCUACUUCUGGGACACAGCCAUAACGUUUGUGCACUGGAUGUUUGCGUCGAUGGAGGCUUCGUGGUCAGUGGCAGCUGGGAUGGCUCAGCAAGGCUGUGGAGGAUAGGAAAAUGGGAGUGUGAAGCCCUUCUCGAGGGACAUGAAGGUAGCGUGUGGAGUGUCUUGGUUUACGAUUCGAACACGAUAAUUACAGGGUGUGCUGAUACGCUCAUAAGGGUAUUCGACGUCAGAGGCAAAUUCUCACAUACUAUCAAAGGCAGCACGGAUGUUGUCAGAGCUCUCUGCCGGGUCCCAUCAGAUCAUCCCUCUGGCGCAGACUUUGCCUCAGCCGGCAACGAUGGUGUGAUCCGACUGUGGAAGCUCGAUGGACGACAAGUUGAGGAGUUGGUCGGUCAUGAGAACUUCAUAUAUUCCCUGGUCAGCUCACCGAACGGCGAGCUUGUGAGCUCGGGCGAAGAUCGAACAGUGCGAAUAUGGAGAGGAAACCAGUGCAUACAGACAAUCACCCACCCAGCAAUAUCAGUCUGGGGCGUAGCAGCUUGCUCGGAAAAUGGCGACAUUGUCAGUGGAGCUAGUGACCGGAAAGUACGAGUCUUCAGCAGAGAUAGCGAUCGACAAGCCGAGCCAGAAGUAAUCCGCGGUUUCGAGGACUCAGUGAAAUCGUCCUCAAUACCCCAACAACAAGUCGGCGAUGUCAACAAAGAGACGCUGCAUGGUCCAGAGUUUCUGCAGCAGAAGUCAGGGACCAAAGAAGGGCAAGUGGUUAUGAUUCGAGAACCAGAUGGCAGCGUCACUGCUCACCAAUGGUCUCAAGGAUCACAGUCAUGGAUGAACGUGGGUACGGUAGUGGACGCUGUUGGUAGCAGUGGGAAGAAGACUAGCUACGCAGGUAAAGACUACGACUAUGUCUUCGACGUUGACAUUGAAGAUGGCAAGCCGCCAUUGAAGUUACCCUACAAUCUUUCACAAAACCCGUACGAGGCUGCAACAACAUUCAUAGCGGAUAAUGAGUUACCAGUAACCUACUUAGAACAGGUCGCCAAUUUUAUCGUUACUAACACACAAGGAGCUACAAUUGGGCAAGCCUCACAAGAGCCGUCUGGUGCAGAUCCAUGGGGUAGCGGUGCAUAUCGGCCUGGUCAGACCGCACCAACCCCUUUUCCAUCUCAGCCUUCAAGCUCGCGUCCUAAACUUCUCCCUCAAACAACUUACCUUUCUAUCAAAACGGCAAAUCUCCGUACUGUUCGCAAGAAGAUCGAAGAGCUCAACCAGCAGCUGAUCCAAGAAGGCUCUAAGGACAUGUCUCUUGACAAGGAGCUUCUCGCCGAUCUCGAAGCAAUGAUUAAACUAUUGGAACAAAGUCUUUCUAGCACUCCAUCGUCCAAAUCUGCUCUUACAGCCGGCAUACCCCUCGUCUUUUACAUCCUCACAAGCUGGCCCCCAUCCUACCGUCUUCCAGCACUGGAUCUCCUUCGUCUACUCGCCGCUGCUACCCCAGCAUUAGCGGAGUAUCGCACUUCAUCCUCGACAAAUGUGAUCGACAUCCUCGCUACUAACGGCUUUGAUGACAAAGAUCGAGAGAAUAACAUAAUGUUAUCUGUCCGUGCUUGUGGCAACCUUUUCGACACAGCAUCUGGCCGGAACCUCGUAGAUAGCAACUACGACAAGAUUCACGAACUCGUCAAAGUUUCCUCGGCAGGCACCACCAAUCGCAAUAUCACCAUAGCAGUUGCAACGCUUUAUCUCAAUUACGCCGUCCUCCUCACUUCAUCCUCUCACUCUUCACUCCCGUCGUCAAUAGAUCGUGGGCUAAUGCUCCUUGACGACCUCGUAUCUCUCGUCAGCACUCUUAGGGACUCAGAAGCCGCCUACCGCGGUCUUGUGGCGGUUGGCACGUUAUUGAGCCUAGGGGAGGAGGUGCUGGAAGCUGCGAAACAAGUCUACGAUCUCGCUGGGGCAUUGGGCAAGGUGGAGUCUGCUGUCAAGGAGCCGAGGAUUAGAGGAGUCGUGGGGGAGAUUAGGGCAAUAUUGAAGGGUUAG